AGCUCCUCUGUUCCAAGAAUUCAUGGCGAAGAGCGGCAACGGGAAGCUGAGCAAGCUCAGGUGCAUCAUCAAGCGAUGGAAUUCCUGCAGCCGCCUCACCCCCGCCGGGCCCUCCUUAGGCGGAGGCACCUCCUCGAGCUUCGAGUCACCGGCGGCGGCGCCGACGUGGCGCUCUGCCUCAUUCAGCGGCGGCGACGAGGUCCCUGCCGGGCUCCACCCUGUCUACGUAGGAAAGUCCCACCGCCGGUACCUCGUCAGCGAGGAGCUCCUUAUCCACCCGCUCUUCCGAGUCCUCGCCGACCGCUCCGGCGGCACCGGCGGCACCGUGGUGGGCUGCGAGGUGGUGCUGUUCGAACACCUUCUGUGGAUGCUGGAGAACGCAGAUCCGAAGCCAUCUCUGGAUGAGUUGGUCGAAUUCUACGCCGGCGACUAGAGGCGGCGUUGGAGCUACCGACACCGACCGGCGAUCGAGUAGUGGAGUAGAAAAGUAGCUAGAUAUGUGAGUAGGAAUGAACUCUUGAUUCAAAGUUGGUGUAAUUUCCUUUUGUU